UGACAACAAACAAUACAUUCAUCGUAAGUCAUUUAUAACUCUCUCCCUUCUCACUCUAGAAUUGAUCCAUUGAGGAAUAUGGAGAGACAACAGAAUUAUCUACUUAAUUGGGUUCACCAAAACCAGUGUGGUAUAAAGACAAUAGAAGAGCUAAGACAUUCACUUCUGCACACAACAAUGGAGUUAGAACAAACAAGAAUUGUGGCACAAGAAGAACUCAAUACCAAAGACGACCAGAUAAUGCAGCUCAAAGAUCUCCUCAACAAAGCUACCAAAGAGAAAGAUGAAGCACAAGAGAAGUACAAGAAGCUUCUUCUUGGCCAAAACUUCAUCCUUCAACACAAAGCAGGUGAGGAACAAGAUCCAAACAUCAAUGGGUUUCCUUCAUCAGACGGCGAAGAAAGCAUCGUCUCAUCUUUCGAACCGCCGGUGCAAGAGUUAGAUUUUCCGGAGACGUCAUUACCGGAGAAAGGGAAGCUUUUAAAAGCGGUUUUGAAAGCAGGGCCUUUGCUUCAGACUCUGCUUUUGGCUGGACAGCUUCCACAAUGGCGUCAUCCACCGCCGCAGCUUGAAUCAUUUGAGAUUCCACCGGUGAUUAUUCCUGAAGCAACACCAUUGUCACAAAGUAGCUGUGGGAAUAAUCUAAACAGGAAGAGGGUUCACUGUGAUGAGUCUAAUUCCAAAAGAGAGGCAAAGUACCAAAGGCUCCUCUUGCCUUGAUUGUUGAUGUAUUCACAUUCUGAUUCAAGCAUGAAGAUGUAUAGAAAAGAGUUCACUUUUCUUUGUAUUCUUUCAAUUAAGGGUCAUUGAAUGCCAAAAGCAUUG